UGGCGACAGUGUUUGUGUUCCGGUUCUGCUCUGCGCAUGCGCGCUGGAGAGUCAAUCGGCGGAUCAAACAUUUGGUGACUGUCGUUCGCAAUGGCGCAUUACAGAGUGUCCGAGUCGAAGCGAGAGCAGUUUAGGAGAUAUCUGGAGAAGGCCGGAGUUCUGGAAAGCCUCACUAACGGUAAGAACAUCAGAUCGAUCCACCGAAUCAGAGAACAUCUGCUCUUCUGUGUGACUGACUUCAUCUUCUGCUUCUCAGUCCUGGUGGCUCUGUACGAGGAGAACGAGAAACCCAACAAUGCCUUGGACUUCAUCAAGCAUCAGCUGGGCGUCGGACCCGAGGCAGAAGAUGCCGAGAGUCUGCGGCUGGAGCUGAACACUUUACAGCAGAAAUAUGAUCAGCUGAUGGAGGAGAACAAAGAGCUGAGGAGCAGGCUGCUGCAGUACGAGCCGGCGCAGGGCGAGGGAACAGAAUAACUACACCACUUCACUUUCACAUGUUUCAGUAGAAGUCUUUGAGUUUGUUUUUGUAAUAAAUGUAUAAGAGGUACAUCUUUUUUUGUUCAGCCAAAUUGUGCCUGAUAUUUAAUAAAAUAGUUUUUUUGCACUGUU